UCACGUUUACUGUACAGGAGUUGUUGAUGAACAGAUCAUUGGACUGUCUUUUCCAAUCCAUCAAGCAGGCAAAAUGAGUCUGGUGAUUCCUGAGAAGUUUCAGCACAUUCUGCGUGUGUUGAACACGAACAUCGAUGGCAGACGCAAGAUCAUGUUUGCCCUGACCGCCAUUAAGGGGGUUGGUAGGCGAUAUGCCAACGUUUGCUGCCGUAAGGCUGACAUCGACCUCGCAAAGAGAGCCGGUGAAUUGACUGAAGAAGAGGUGGACAAGGUCAUCACAAUCAUCGGUAACCCACGUCAGUACAAGAUCCCUGAUUGGUUCCUAAACAGACAAAAGGACGAACGUGACGGCAAAUACAGCCAGGUCCUCGCCAACGCCCUGGACAACAAACUCCGUGAAGAUCUUGAGAGACUGAAGAAGAUCAGAGCCCAUCGUGGUCUUCGUCACUACUGGGGUCUCCGUGUCAGAGGUCAACACACCAAGACUACAGGCAGGAGAGGAAGAACAGUGGGUGUGUCCAAAAAGAAGUAGACCAAUCAGAACGCCUAGAGAUGAUCAGUGGGUGUGUGUCUAUCAGGAACAUAGACCAAUCAGAACAUGUCAGAUAUUGCUAUUUGUAGUAAACUGGCUCAGUUGAACUUGUUGCAAGUUAGGGAAUAUAAAACACACUGCAAACAAAAUGCCAGACUCAUGAUGUAAAUUAAAACGGUUUGAAAGAUCAAUAAAUGCCCACAAAUGGGAGUAUUGGAUUAAAA